AUGGCCAGUCAUCGAGCAGCCCUCGACCGGCUGCCAGAUGACAUUCUGUUUCUCAUUCUCGAGAACCUCGACACGGCCCGGGACCAGGCCAGCUUGAGCGGGACAUGCCACAAGCUCCAUGGCUUCAUGCAGAGCGAGGGCUGGCGGGCCUUCACACGCCGUUGCUUCCCCGGUGUUUUCUCAGCCGAGCUCCAGGGUCAAGCCAACGCCAAUAGCUCCGACGGCACCAAUGCUGUCGGCCACAGGAGCCAGAUUGACGCCAGCAUGCGCGACGGCAGAGAUGGCGAGCCCGGGUGGAGCGCCCUGGCCGAGUCCCUGACAUGGCAAAGCCGGGCUUGGGACCGCCGGGCCUUGGCCUUCCAGGCCCUGAUCCCAAAACAGGACCACAUUCCUCGCCACAAGCGGCCGCGGCCCUACAUGCCGUCCCUGGCUGUCCAUUUCCAGGCGGACCUGGCCGACAGCGGCAAGGCGCUUGGAUUGGGCGUGAAUGGCGAAGAGAUGCUGGUCAUUGGCGCCGGCGAGGACAUUGUCGCCCGUUUCCGCAAACGACCUCCCGUCGAAACCAAAGACGGUGUACCCGUGAACUUGGUCAUGCAUGUUUUGGACGGCCAGGCAGCUGGCUAUCGGCCGGGAUUCGACGACGUGCGAGCCGUGUCUGUGAUUGAGAAUGCCAUGGGCAUGCCGCGUCGACGAGGCAUUCUUGCCGGUCGAGACAACGGUGAUGUCUCAUUGCUGUCUGCGGAGCCGGAUCAGACCUUUGGCCAGCUUCUGGCCAAGUUCGUGCCGAACCACAACACCAAGGUGGACCAGACCCGCAUCUACAGCAUCGACGUGUCGACCAACCCGCGGCAUGUGGCCGCUUUUGGGAGUAGCCUUCAUGGUGGCCUUGCAGCGGUGACAACACCCUCUGACAUCCUGUUUUAUCCCAUCCCUCAGCCAAAGAGCACGUCGGAUUCCUCUGGGGGUCAAGCGGCUGAUUCGCCGGCAACGAUACACUCUGUUUCUGCAUUUCCCUUGGAAGACGUCGGCCUAUAUCCCAAUGGCAACCGCCAACCUUUCAAUGCUCGAUGGAUGGAGGCUGGAGGGACGCUUGCCGUUGCUAUGGGCGCCGGGGCGAACCCACUGCGAUAUCUCACUGCGACGCCGACUGGCCCGGUUGAGCUGACGUCGGCGUACACAAUGCCUGAUCUCAUGGAGCACUACAGCCUGAAGGACACCACCCUAGUGAUCCCGACGUCGCUCACACCAGUGCCGUAUUCAUCCAUCACUGGCGGAAACGGACAUCUCACGCUGAGCGGCUGGCGUGAUGGAACAUGCCGCUUGCAAGACCUGCGCACAGCCAGCCCCUACGACAUGAUAUAUCAAGACAAUGUACUCGGUCCCCAGGAAUCUGCGCAGGCGAUGCUGAUUUGGGGCACCGAUCGCUUCAUCACGGGCAACCAGAACUCGGCAGGCCUCAAGGUCUUUGAUCUGCGCUGGCCGCGCCGAUACUACCACACCGACGCUCUUCCCUGCUCGCAGUCGCUCCCGUUUCCCACACCUCCCGUGCCCACGACCGCAAUUAGAUCGACAAACAUGUCUGGGCUGUCACUCGCCGAUGGACCGGGUACGUCACAUCGAAACACGAGGCCGAUGCCGUAUUUUUUGCCGCCCGAGUUGCGCACUGCCCAGAACUGGCCGCCGCCGGCACCACACGUGCCAUUACACCUACGCCACACGAAGCGUUGUGAUGUGCUGCGUUCGAUUCGUUGCCGCUGGCACACGGCCUCUCGCGACUUGUUUUACCGGUCGAGCGCGUCGCUGUUCUUGCAACGCUCGCUUGAGGCCCACAAUGUCACGGCCACGGGCGUGUUCGCACUCGUACGUGCAUCCUCGUCCGACCUGGCACCGUCCAAUUUCUACGCCGGGCUCAAAAACUGCGUCGUUGAGUCGUAUCUGCACGAGCAGGUUGUCGGCGUCGAGUCGCCUCGCUAUUCGGGUCCACGUGGCGGGCUAUCGGGUCAAAUUCGGACGGCCAUCUGGACGGACGGGGGCGGCGCUCCGUAUUUCGGCUACCGCGAGCCCACGUCGGGUUCGAUAACGACGGCAGUGAAAAGCAGCAUUGGCAAGGGGAAUAAUAACGCCAAUGGCAAAACUGGUGGCAGUGGCGACCGAGCCCUCUACCAGACGUAUGACCUGGAUGUGGCGCUCAUGGAAACGGGCGAUAGCAUGGCCCGUCCCAACAUUGAAAGCGGACCGAUGUGGCUGCCACGCUUCCGCAACCGCAAGUACGAGUUUCAGCGUGUGCCUCGGUUCCUCUUUGACAAGACGACCAAGGAGGACAUGCGCGGGUACGACAAGCGAGGCAUUGAUGCUGCCGCCCGCUUGGACGAGACGACGCGGAUCAAGAAAUGGAGCCAUCGCUUUGGCCGCAAGGAUGUCUCCGAGGACACAGUGUCGUUCCGUGACCGGUACCAGCAUCGCCUGGACUUUGGCCUCCAGGACAUCGUUGAUUUUCAAUAG